UAUUUCUUCAGAUUUUGGAUCAACUAUGGAUUUCCAGGUAUAAUCGGUGCUGUUGAUGGAACCCACGUCGCUAUUUGGCCUCCAGAAAAAGAACUAGAACAUUUAUAUAUUAACAGAAAGUUAUACCAUUCAUUAAAUAUUUUGAUAGUUUCUGACUAUUAUGGAAAAAUAUUAACUGUAAAUAGUGGACAUGGCGGGAGAACGCAUGAUGCACGCGUUUGGAAUGCAUCAACUGUCUCAGCACAUUUGGAACAGCAAUAUAAUAAUGGGCGGAGAAAUUAUUGGUUGUUAGGCGACUCAGCAUACCCUUUAUUACCUUAUUUAAUGACACCAAAAUUGGGCCAACCUGAAGGAUCACCUUCUGCUCGUUACACCGAUGCUCACGUAAGAGCAAGCUCACGUAUUGAACAAACAAUUGGAGUUUUGAAGGGACGGUGGAGAUGCCUAAGGAAGGAAAGAGGACUGCAUUAUUCACCAGAAUUUUCUGCACUUAUUGUCAAUGCUUGUUGCGUUCUUCACAAAGCGGCUAAAUUCUACAAUGUACCUGAACCUGAAAUAUAUUAUGAUGACUUAGAUAUGGACGAAAGAAAUAGAAUAUGGGACAAUGAGAAUAGAAAUGGUAAUGACAUUCGAGAAAGCAUUAUACGUUUAUAUUUUUCUUAA